UCAGCAAAAAUGUCUCCGCUAACAAUUAUUGAAGAACAACUAGCUGCGUGUGAUAAUGGGGACUAGUUAGUUAGUAAUUAGUCACUAUUUUAAAUACUUUCGAAUAUCAAACUGUGAAGACAGACGUGAGUUCCCUCUGAGGAUGUCUGAUGCGUGCAGCUCUGAACCUGCUGGAGCCAUCAAGGCUAUUGACAAGCACUCGGUGCAUCAGAUCUGCUCAGGGCAAGUUGUGCUGACUUUGGCUACUGCUGUCAAAGAGCUGGUGGAGAACAGCAUCGAUGCAGGAGCUACCAACGUCGAUGUCAAGCUGAAGGAAUGUGGAACUGAACAAGUGGAAGUGUCGGACAAUGGCAAAGGUGUAGAGGAGGCUAACUUUGAAGGACUGACUCUGAAGCAUCACACGUCAAAGUUAAGGGAUUUCUCUGAUCUCAUCCACGUGGAAACAUUUGGCUUCAGAGGUGAAGCUCUCAGCUCUUUGUGCGCUCUGAGUGACCUGAGUGUUAUUACGUGCCACGAGUCCAGCCAGGUGGGCACCAAGCUCGUAUUUGACCACAGAGGCCACCUAGUGCAGCGCUCGCCUCAUCCCCGACAGCAAGGAACCACAGUCAGCCUGCAGCAGCUCUUCUCCACGCUGCCUGUACGACACAAGGAGUUCCAACGUAAUAUCAAGAAGGAGUAUGCCAAAAUGGUCCAUGUCCUGCAGUCCUACUGUAUCAUCUCCACAGGAGUGCGAAUUACCUGCUCCAACCAAAAUGGGCAGGGAAAGCGCAGCACUGUCCUCAGCACCAGUGGCAGCCAAAGUAUGAGAGACAACAUCGGGGCAAUAUUUGGUCCAAAACAGCUCCAGAGCCUCCUGCCUUUUCAGCAAGUUUCUCCUACAGAAAACAUUAUUGAAGAAUAUGGACUCCAGAAUGCUGAUCUACCCAAACAGCUUUUUUCCAUCACAGGGUUUGUGUCUCGCGGCGACCACGGUGUUGGGAGAAGCGCCACAGACAGGCAGUUCUUUUUCAUUAACAACCGGCCAUGCGACCCCGUUAAGGUGACCAAAGUUGUGAAUGAAGUCUAUCAUAUGUAUAACAGACAUCAGUAUCCCUUUGUUGCCUUGAACAUAGCUGUUGCUUCAGAGUGUGUGGAUGUGAACGUCACCCCAGAUAAGCGUCAGAUUUUCCUUCAGGAGGAGAAGCUCUUGCUGGCUAUCCUAAAGACCUCUCUCAUCUCUAUGUACGAGGCUGGAGUCAACAAGAUCAGCCUGAACUACACACCUCUACCCAGCACCUAUGCGACAUUUACGUCUGAACGGAGUCAAGUCGUUCCGUCUGAGAGCAAGGCAGAACCUGGAGCGGACACCCAAACAGUGACUCCGAGGCCAAAGUCAUCCAUGAACCUGGCCAGUCUCAAAGCUGCCUUUUCAAGUCAUUGCAGCUCCAGUUCUGGGAGCAAGUCAUGUUCAGAAAAAGCUUCCAACAAUGGCCCAAUGCAGAAAACGCUGCAGUCUUUUUUUAAGGAUCCUGUAAAACCUUCUGCUGGUGUGAAAUCACCCUCAAAACCUACAAGAGAGCUCGCGAAAGGCUCUCCGGUGGGAAAGUCGGCUUUAGAUGGGUUUAGGUAUGGAAGGAGCAGUGAUACAGAUUCUGAAAAAGACAGUGCCGUGCCCAGUUGUGGUGUUACUAUGGCAACACCAGAUAUUGAGUGUACUCAACUGAAGGUCAACUCACCUGAAGAGGUGAUGGACAGCGGCAGUGUAAAAAAUGAAGCAAUCAAAGAAACAUCAGACAAUAGUGACACUGUUCCCGAAGACCCAGAGGUACAAACUGAAGCAUUGAUUUCUAAUGAGGACUCUACUGUGAGCCCAGAGGCUAAGAGAGCCAGGAAAGAUACUCCACAUUUCCCUACAGAACAAAAAUCCAACGCUUUUAUAAACUGCUCUGAGGAGUCUUCCUCGAUGGUGGAUGCCCCAGUCUGCAUACAGAGGAGGACGGUGCCUCUCCGGUUUUCUUUACAAGAGCUGACAGGAAGGAUGAGGAGGUUGCAGGACCAACAGAAGCAGAAAGCAGACGGGGAGUUACAAUACAGACGCUUCAGGGCUAAAAUCAACCCUGGAGAAAACCAAAGUGCAGAGGAAGAGCUCAAGAAAGAGAUCAGUAAAGAAAUGUUUAAAGAAAUGGAGAUCAUCGGUCAGUUUAACCUGGGCUUCAUUAUCGCCAAACUCAACUCGGACAUCUUCAUAAUCGACCAGCAUGCCACAGAUGAGAAAUACAACUUUGAGAUGCUACAGCAACACAAUGUGCUCCAAGGACAGAAACUCAUUGUUCCACAGAAACUUCACCUCACCGCAAUCAGUGAGAAUGUACUCAUAGAGAACAUUGAGAUUUUCAGAAAGAAUGGAUUUGAAUUUCUGGUUGAUGAAGAUGCUCAGGUAAUGGAGAGGGUUAAGCUGGUGUCGCUGCCCACCAGUAAAAACUGGACGUUCGGCCCUGCUGACAUCGAAGAGCUGAUCUUUAUGUUGAGUGACAGCCCGGGGGUCAUGUGCCGACCAUCCAGAGUCAGACAGAUGUACGCCUCCAGAGCUUGUCGGAAAUCUGUGAUGAUCGGCACUGCUCUUAAUGUCAGCGAGAUGAAGAGGCUCGUGGUUCACAUGGGGGAGAUCGAGCAUCCGUGGAACUGUCCUCACGGCAGACCAACCAUGAGACACCUCGCCAACCUGGACAUCAUCUCACAAGACUGAGCCUGUAAAGGAUGGAACUGUCUGAGAAGCUUAGUUUACACUAGCGUCAUACAACCGGAGUGUGUCUUUGCUCCAGUUUGCUUCUGUCAAUCGUCACCAUGGCUGAUGCUGUAAUACACAAACCACUACUACUGUACAUUUGCAUGGUUCAAUGCUUCCUGUUGACUGUUUUUCUUUUAAUAUGUUCUUAUUUUAUUACAUUUUUUGCAUUCCAUUGUAUUUUUCUAUUUUACAGCAAGCUCAUUAGGAAAUAAACAAGAAGUACCUCAUAAA